AUGACGCGCACGCCGCCGCGAGCGUGCACAAGUCGCGCCGACACGCCUGCCGAUGGCGCGUCGCGAGACCAUCUCCUCUCUCUCUCUCUCUCUUUCUCUCUCUCUCUCUCUCUCUCUCUCUUUCUCUCUCAAUCUCUCGCGUCACUGCUAUUGAUGCGUGCACACUUUCGAUUCGCGGAUUGUCCAGCUGUUAUAAAGUGACCUUUAAGUUAUUGUGUGUGCGCCGAGUGUUGCGUGAUGGUUCAAAAAUGCGAGUGUGCGAAACGGCCGUUCGGCCGGCGAUACACCAGCUGCGGAGAAACUGACGCGCGUUCCGGCGAGAAUAUUCCGCGGGAGAGAGCGUGGAGAGCGUCUCUCUUGAGCGUGAGAGAGAGAAAGAGAGAGAGAGAGAGAGAGAGAGAGCCCAGCCAUUUCAGGAAGAACAUUCCAAAGAUGAAGAAAUGCGAUGCAUACGACGAUAUUUGCCUUCGAUCCGCGCGUCACCGCGUCCUCUCGCGUUCUUCUCCAAACGUCUACCGCGCGUUCCGAAGCUUAACUUUCGAGUCUUAAGAAGAAAUCACACACAUAUUCUCUCUUACCCAGAUACAACCCCAAAGUCUACCGAAAGAGAGAAGCUAGCCAAUAGACGAUGCUCCGGACGUCCCACAUGGACAGGAUCUCCAGAGAGGGAGAUUCGUCCUAACAGGUGAUCGUUCGCUCGAAGCUCCGGCCUAAGGCAGGGAGGUUACGUCGCGCGCGGUGCUAUUCGUAGGGUUGCAGCCGGCGACGCGCGUUAAGGGUUGCUCUCGCCACGUGUCGCCGCGAGAAAUCGCUGUCGAUCCGCUCUCGACCAGGUGACGACGCCUUUCCACAUGAUUUCACUAUAAAAGAGAGUAUAUCGCGAGUGCGUGAGGCAGAAGUAGGGUUGCGCGCGGCAGGCGGGGGCGUUCGUUCGUUCGUUCUCCAGGAGUGCACGUCGCGGGAGGGGUAAGAGGAGAGCUGGAAGAGGAGGGGAAGGAAACACGUCGAUGGAGGGGCAACCUCGUGUACGAUACGAGUGGAGGGGUGGCACGAGAGGGGUGGGGAUACUCUCUAGGCGAGCGGCGGCGGCAAGGCAGCAGCCAGGUAAGAGACGAGCGAACACUAGUGGGGCUGACUUGCGCGCCUCGGAGCAGACGGGACUUUCACGGCCAGCAGCGGCACCGUUCUGUUGUGUACUGUCGCGCUACGCGUGCACGGUCAUAUUGUCGCGUUGCUGUCGCUACGUCGUGUGCCACUGUCGCGCAUCUGUCGUGCCGCCGCGAAGAUCACCUCCGCGAGUUGCAUCCCCCGUAGCGAGAGGCAGACGGUCUCGCGUCACCACCGGCUCCUUUCCCUCUCUCCCUCAGUGCGGACGAGGGUGCGAUCUCCUCAGAGAGUUGGUCGUUGUCCACGGCGAGAGAGAGAGAAAGAGAGAGAGAGAGAAAGAAAGAGAAAAACACCGCGUUUCUCCCGGUGCCUCGUGGAGCCGGUAUUUUCCCGCUCAUCUCCACCCCCGCCAACUGCUGCCCACGAAGCGCCGCGACUCCUCGUGUGACGAUGGAAUACUGGCAUAUUUCCAAGCCUGCUACAGAGUGGUGACGAAUUGGUUACGUUGUUACCACGGUGUGCUAUCACUGUCUCCCGGUUUCGAGGACACGAUCGCGCGCGCGCGCGCUGCCGUCGUCGCCGCCGCCGCCGCCACCGCUCGUCGGGGGUGGAAUCGCACCGGCUAAGGGUUUUCGCGCCGAAAACCAAGCGAAAAGCGACCGCGCAUGGUCGAGUGGAGUCGUCAGGGGAACAUAGGAUAUCCUGGAUUGUGUGUUGCUCCGAUGCGUGGAAUUCGUCGUAGGUGCACGUACGCGUAGCUGUCACGCUCCGGAGUAACUCGCUACCCGAUAGUGCCGGUACCCGAGCAGCACGGCGAACAGUGCGAACGUAGACGCAACGGUAGUGCAACGUGACGAUGAGCGCUUAGAUUCGGAGUUUACUUGUUAUUCCGGUUCACGCUUCUCUCACGAGCUAGAGAAAAAGAAAGAGAGGAAAAGGGGGAGGGAGAGGAAGAAAAAGAGAGAGAGAGAGAAGUCAACGCAAAAAGUGUGCAUGCGACUGUGUGUGGAUGAUCGAGUGGUGUCGUUCAGCCUCAGAGGGAUAUACCAGUGUGUUUGGAAGCACGAGGGGGACAAAGUGUUAAAGGAUCAGCGGCGUCGUUCGAUAGGAGCGAGGAUUUUAAAAGCUGCUCCAGAGGCCAGCCCGACGCAAUGCGUCGACGCUGCUGACGCAAACGCGCCUGGAUGCGUCUCAUUCUUAUCACGUUACCACAGCUUGUCGUUUUAGCGAAGAUUUUGUGCAUCCUGAUGGUGGUGAUGUGCGGGGCGGCGCCGACGAUGGUGCGCUCCGUGAGUCUCCACGCGGUUUGCAGCGGUCGCAAUGUUACCGUAAUAGGCCGCCAAGUCACAGCCGAGCAGCGCAACGAUAGCAAUGCAGCCUACCAGGAACUCACCACGCGAACGGAGGAUUUCAGCAAGAAGCUGUACAUCUACGCGGAGAAAAGCCAACGAUACAUUUGCUUCAACAAGCGGUGGAAACUCGUUGGCCUGCCGAAGGAGCAGAAGGGACCGAUGUGCCAGUUUUAUGAGAUAUACAAUGACCAGUAUCUGGGUUACAUAAGCGCCGUCGACAAGGAACACCUCAUGGGCUUCAACAGCCGGGGCAAGCCGAUGAAGAAAAGCAACGGCAGGAAGGAGUGUUACAGAUUCAUGAAGUACAAUCCCCACGUCGACAUCAGCCACCACAAUAGCCUGGUGAACGCGCAGAUGAGCGGCAUGGAGCCGCGGGAACCGUACGUCGGCUCGAGGAAACCGUCGCCGGUCACGAGGGCCACGAAGAACUCCCUGUCGCAGGCCGACAGCGCGAGGGAUCACAUCCAAAAGCCCCCGCACCGCCAGCGGCACCUGAAGCAGCGCUGGAAGCAGCGCCAGAACGGCAAGAACUCGGCGUCCCGAAGACGGUCGGAGAACUGCUUCGUCGAGGCCAGCAAGUAAUGAGCCGCCAAGGUACGAGCUCGCCGAUCAAGACUGCCUCCUCCAUACCCCGUGAGAACCUGAGAUCAGACUGCCAAAUACGCUGGUGGAACGUACGGUCGGGAUGUCAGGAGCCCACUUAGCGGCGCCCCGUGAAUCGCGACUCGAAGCACCAUGUAUUCGUUCGAUCGGUCGCGAGGCUGAGCGAGGGCGCGGCACGCUCCGGGCGCACACACACACACACACACACACACACACACACACACACACACACACACACACACCCACACGCCGUUAGCUGCGUUUUACUUUCCGUUUCCGCCCGGUGCGAAGCGGCGUCCCCGCGGCGGGGACGGGCGUCGCGUCGUCGGAGAUAACGUUCCCGGAUCGUGGAGGGGGGAAAAAGCGUGCGCGCGAGGUGGAAGCGUAUACGCGCGCGGAUCCCCGCUGAUAAAGCUAUCUCAAUUUCACGCGGUUAAGUUCGAUUUACACUUGCCCCGACUGACCCUCUUCAGGCAAGUAUGUACCUCGUAACGAUAAGAGCGUUUCUUUUUUAUCGUUGAUUCCUCGUGAGUUUGGUUCGCGCGAUGAAUCGCUCUCGUUCUUUCUUUCUCUCCCUCCCUCUCUCUCUCUCUCCCCCUUUCCCCCUUCCCUUUCUUCUCUCUUCUUUUAUUCACUCUCGAUCUGUCUAUUUCCCCCUCCGCCCGUUUUUUAUCCCUAUGACGAAGCGCGUGGCUAAUCAGUGUACUUCUUUUUCACACUCGAUACUGCGCGUCGCGUUGAGCGUGUGCGGUACCGCCAGCCAUGCAAAUCUGUUCGAGCCGUUGUUGUCCGGUCGAUCGUUUGGCGAGACGCGUGCAAGAAAAGGGAUUCACGUUUAGUAGAGAUCGUGUAGCGCAACCGAACGGCUGCUGUGCUUCGAGCGCGGUCACCGGUCCGCGAAUGUAGCGCGAAGAGACGCGCGGGCGCGGCGCACGCUGGCAAAUCACACGUUUCCCAGCGGGACUCGCCUGGCACAGGUGAUCGAUCCGUCCUCCGGUCGGAUCGUGAGACAGCCUGAAUGAAUUAACGCCGACAUGUGUCAUUACAAAUGUCACGUGUUGGAUUCGCAAGGCGCUUCUCGAUUCACCCGAGGAACUCUGACACGUUCGUCAAUGUCGUUAGCACGGAGUUGACGAUUGCGUGUACUCUGGUCGACGGAAAACGCACUUGCAGCCUCAAGUAAUCCCCCGAUGGCACGGCAAGGUAAGGCGUCGUAUGCCGUUACGAAUUGGCACAUCCGUCGACCGUGGUGACUCGAGUGAGCGAAUCGACGAUUCCGGACUGUCCGGCUUACGGUCGAAUUCUUUCUCCUCCCCACAGCGAUGCACUCGUGCGCGCGGGUGCAGAGGAAGAAAAAUCACGAUCCCCGGAUUCGCGGAUGUUCGUCCCGUGGGCGAUUCCAAGCGCGCUCUUUCAGCGCCGCUCCAGCGAGAAAAUGUUUGUCACGUUGUCGCGGACGCUCGUACGUCGUCGCUGUUACGCUCGCUUGCGCAGUAGAGCUCGCGCCGCGUAAGACUCUCUCGCUCGCUGUGCUAAUUACGCCGCCUAACGUAGCGUGCGUGCGUGCGUGCGUGCGUGUGUGCGUACGUGCGUGCCUGCCCGCGUGUAUGAAUAAUGUGU